AUGUCAACACCGUGCGCGCAGCACCACACUGGGGCUUCGGCCUCGAUUCAUAACCAGGAAUAUUUCAAUAAGGAGGCUUCCAACUACGACACCAAGCAUGAGAAGACGUUGAAUAGGCUUCUUGAGGAGAUCCGGGGGAGACUCGACUUUAUUGGGGCGGACUGGGUUGAGGCGGACGACGAAGAUGAUGACGAUCAAGCUGUGAAGAAAGACGAACGGCCUCAGAAGAGCGUCAGGUUGCUGGACUAUGCCUGCGGCACUGGCCUUGUCUCUAGGGCCCUCGCCCCGUACACGACCCAAUGCGUUGGCAUCGAUCUGUCAGAGAACAUGGUGGCCACGUACAACACGCGCGCAGAGAACCAAGGCCUUGCCGCAUCCGAAAUGCACGCUUAUCAAGGCAACCUCUGCGUGCCCGAUGACCCCAACCCGGCCGCCUUUGCGUCGCCGGAGUUUUUCAACUUUGACGUCGCCGCCGUCGGCCUAGGGUUCCACCACUUUGACGACCCGUCGCUGGCGGCCCGCAGGCUGGCAGAGCGGCUCAAUACGGGAGGCGUGCUCAUGAUUGUAGAUUUUAUGCCGCAUGGCACGCCGGAUGCCUCGCACCCCGCUGCACACACCAUCACCCACCACGGUUUUUCGAAGGACCACAUUCGGCGCAUCUUCGAGGAGGCUGGCGUGGGGAGGGACUUUGCGCUCGAGGAGAUGGCGGUGGUAUUCCACAUUGAGAAGGAGAACGGAGCAGUGGUGCGGAGGAACCUUUUCAUUGCUCGUGGCACCAAGGCUUGA